AUGACCCUGCGACGCUCCGCUCGUCUAACUGCAGCGUCAGUGUCCAAGAACAACAGCACCACCACCACCACUGUCCCACAUCUGCAACCCAAAACUCAAACAAAGAGAGCAGCCAGCAGAACUACAAACGGUGUCUCAAAGACACGAAAGCCUGCUGCAGCGGCAGCAAGGGGCAAGAAAGCGCAGCUAAAUGCGAUUCUCCAACUUGACCAAGCUCCUCCCCUCACAGAUUCACCAACAUCAUCAUCAUCAUCAUCAUCAUCAUCAUCACGCUCAAACAACAGCAGACAAUCACCCAAUACUACUACUACAGCCACUACUAACAACAUCUGGGACCCCAUCCCCACCCCCACAGUUCACACCUCCAGCAGCAGAACGACCCCUCCCCCGCUCGAUCGACCGGUCGAACCGCACCACACCAACGCAACGCUCCUCACCCCCCAUGGCUCAUCGCUAGUUGCAUACCCCCCGGGCACAGAUGCGGACGCAUCACCAAGCAAGACAGGCCGGCCCCGUCCCACCGCCACAACAGGCACGCUUCUCGAGAAAGCAGCCGCACACCUGAUCGCCACGGAUCCGCGUCUCGAAUCGCUCAUCCGCGAACAGCCCUGUCCGUUGUUCACGCCCGAGGGCCUAGCCGAGGAGAUCGACCCGUUUCGGAGCCUUGUUAGUAGUAUCAUUGGACAGCAGGUGUCAGGAGCAGCGGCGAAGUCGAUUAAGGAUAAGUUUGUGGCGUUGUUCAAGACAAAUAAUAAGGAUGAGGAUGGUACGAGACCGAGCUUCUUCCCUACCCCGGAGGAAAUCAUCAAGAUGGAUAUCAGCACGCUCCGGACAGCAGGUCUGUCCCAGCGCAAGGCGGAAUACAUACAUGGGUUAUCGGAGAAGUUUGCCAACGGGGAACUGAGCGCCCGGAUGUUAUUGAAUGCUAGUGACGAGGAACUCGUUGAGAAGUUGACUGCUGUGCGGGGCUUGGGCAAAUGGUCUGUUGAGAUGUUUGCUUGUUUUGCUCUGAAGCGGAUAGAUGUGUUUUCUACGGGUGAUUUGGGUGUACAGAGAGGUUGUGCGGUGUUUGUGGGCAAGGAUGUAAACAAGUUGAAGGGGAAGGGCGGCGGUAAGUUCAAGUAUAUGCCUGAAAAAGAUAUGUUGGAGCUGGCGGCGAAGUUUGCUCCGUAUAGGAGCUUGUUCAUGUGGUAUAUGUGGCGGGUGACGGAUGUUAAUAUUGCUGUGUUGGGUGGGUAG